GCGCAGCAGGGCGAGCGAGCCGCGCCGACUCGGGCGGGCAGCAGCCUCGGGCCGCGCCGUCCGGGCGAGGAUGGAGCUGCUGGUGGUGCUGGGCGGCUCGCUGGGCGCCUUCCGGCUGCUCAACGGCGGGCUGGAGCGCCUGGCGCCGCCGCCGCCCUGCGCGCAGCGCAACCGCUGGAAGUGGCGCAACAUCUGGACCUCCUUCGCGCACAGCCUGCUCAGCGGCUCCUGGGCGCUGCUCGGCUUCUACCUCCACCCGCAGAUGGCCGAAGACCUGAUCGACUCGCACUUGCCCGGCGCGCACCGCCUGCUCGGAGUCUCCCUCGGGUAUUUCCUGCAGGACUUCUUGGAUAUGAUCUGCAACCAGAAGCUUCAUCAGUGCUGGGAGCUGCUUUUCCAUCACUCCGUGGUGAUCGUCUGCUUCGGCAUUGCCUUUGUGGCUCACCGCUACGUCGGCUUCGCCAUGGUGGCGCUGCUGGUGGAGAUCAACUCCGUCUUCCUCCACCUGCGGACCAUCCUGCUGAUGGCCGGCUUGGCCCACACCACGGGCUACCGCCUCAACAGCCUGCUCAACCUGGGCACCUACGUGGUCUUCCGCAUCACCACCCUGGCCUGGAUGACCCGCUGGCUGGUCCUCAACCGGGAGCACAUCCCUCCCGCCACCUACCUGGUGAGCACCGCCGGCAUGGCCGUCAUGACCCCCAUGAACAUCGUCCUCUUCUACCGGCUGCUGCGGAACGAUUUCCUCAAGUCCAGCCGGCGGGAGAAGGAGAGAUGACGCCUCCGGAGGGCUCUGCAGAGAAGAUGGAGCUAAAUCGUCCGCCUCUCUUCCCGGCUGCAGCCGCCUUUUAGCCCCUCCCGCGGGGUCAUGAGAAGCCUCAGCGCAGGGGGAAGGUGUUUCUG